GCAACUGUAAAAGAUGUUUGGAAAUUUUAAUGAUUGUCUUGCAUGUCAUUUCUAAUUGGACAAUUGAGUAGAUUUCUCGUGUCGCGGGUCUUGUUUGUGUGGGUUUCUCGUUUGAACGUGUUUAGUGAAAUACGCAAAAAUUUUUUUUAAUACUAACAGUUGUAUAAAAAUAGAAAGAGUAAAAUAAUUGUAAAGAUAAUAAUAACAUGAUGGAACAUAUUCAGUAAAUUCGAAUUCACUUAAAGACAAUUGUACGAAUAACAAAUAAAAUAUCGUUUAGUUAUCUUAUGUGAGCUUCAUGUACUGUUUUGCGCUAUUUGGAUUUGAAUGCGGGGUACUUACACUUGGCGGCUUACCGCUAAGUAGAAUAGACAUCAGUCAUUGCAGUUAGCAAGAAUUGUCAAUUUCGUUUCAUAUAACUUCAAAUUUUAAUUUAAUUUUUUUUUUAACAAAUGUUUUCGAUUGUUAUGUUUGUAAAUAUAAAAACGGAAAGCAAACGGAAUAUAUUUUUUAUUUGAGUGGGGGACGCAACAAAUAGUUAUUUGGCAAAUCUUCAAGGCUAGCAAGUUGUGCCUUAGUUUCUUGCGUUACUGCUGCGUUUAAGAACAAAGUAUAACUUUAGUUUGAAGCCAAGCAGCAAAUCAUAAGCCUGCUCUUCGGGUAUAUUGGAAUUAUCAUAUACAGUUACCUUGCCUCGCCGAAGUCAGUGCGGCGCCUCUACAACCAUGGCAGCAGCAGCGGCUACGAGUGUCGUGGUAUUGGAUCGCGGCAACAACACAACCUGCACGAUAAAUCUGCAUGGUGCUACUGUGGUAUCUUGGCGUGUAAACAAUCAGGAACAGCUUUUUGUAAGCAAACUUGCGUCGUUUGAUGGUAAGAAGGCUAUACGUGGUGGUAUUCCAUUUGUGUUCCCGAUGUUUGGUCCAUGGUCCUUUGGCCCACAACACGGAUUCGCACGUAUCACUCGUUGGCAACUAGAAAGACCGCCAGAACGUUUACACAAUGGUGACAUAGAAGCUAUUUUUUCGUUAUCGGAUAACGAAUUUACACGUUCUAUGUGGAACUAUCAAUUUCAAAUAACUUAUCGUUUAAUUUUACGAGAAAAAGAAUUACAUUUUCAUAUUGGGGUCUAUAAUCCUAGUAAGGACUUGUCUUUUUCAUUUAAUAUGUUACUACAUACUUACUUGAAAGUUCCUGAUGUUCGUCGAUGCCAAAUUACUGGAUUGCACGGCUGCACUUUUAUUGACAAAACGAGAGACGGUACUGUAUAUCAGGAAGGCCGAGAAGUUGUUACAGUAGGUGAAUGGACUGAUCGUGUGUACCAUAAUACACCACAAGAACAUAUUAUUACAAAUGUUGUUUCUGGUAGAAAAAUGAGAUUACAAAAGUAUAAUUUACCUGAUACUGUCAUUUGGAAUCCGUGGAUAGAUCAAGCCAGAGAAAUCAAUGAUUUUGGAGAUGACGAGUUUCCCAAUAUGCUCUGCGUAGAGUCAGGACAUGUUUCAACGCCAGUUAUUUUAUUACCAGGAACAGUAUAUGAAGCCAGUCAAAUAUUGCAAAUAAUCAUCGAGGGAAAUGUUAGCAGAAAAACAAAGCGAAGUCGCUAGCGCCUAAAGAAUCGGAACCCAAUGAGGUAAACCGAUUCUUUUACAUACUCUAAAGUAAGAAGGAAAAUAUUAUCCAUAACGAAGUGAAACUGAACACAAUUUUAAGGUUUACUUUUAAGCGAACAGCAAUAACUUACGCAAUGUAAGCAGAUCCGAGUACAUUAUAAGAUCUGUAAGCAGAUCUUGACAUUAUUGAGCAAUGAAACUGUUGAUAAAUAUUUUUAAAAUGUGAUGUCUAUCAGAAAACAUUCCUCUACUACCAAUAGGUAUAUUUUCAAUUUAAGCACAAAACUAGAGUAUGUAAAAUUAUUUUGAUAUUAAUUUUAAUUA